AGCUUCCCAAUUCAAAUUUUACCAAUAUAAGUGAUUAUAAUCUAAUAUGUUCCAAAUUUGCAUUGAAAUAACAGAAAGAUGAUCUGAAAACAGCGUGGGAAUGAGCGGUGAUAAACGAGUUCAGACAAUACCAAAAGAUUUACAACAAGAAACACAAAAUCCUAACCAUCCUCAGCUAUCAUCUGGACUGAAACACCUGCAGAAAGAAUUGUCGCAACAAGCACAUUCAAAAUUGGAAACCACUGAGCAGAAACAAAAAAUACCUCAAUCCCAAGAAAAGCAAUCAACAUCAAGUUCUACACAGGGCGCUGUGCCAACACAACCGCAAUCACAACAGGUCGAGUCCUCAAAGUCGACACAUAAAACAGUAAUUCCUAAAAUAACAGAGGCUAAAAAUUCAGAAUCACAAGUGCAAACAAAAUCAACUUCAGCGCAGGAACAGACGCGAUCACGCAUAUCAGAGCCAGUGAAAGACGAGAAAGCAUUGCUUCGGCAACAACUAAGUGAAAAAACUGUUCAUCAGGCAUUGCCUCCGAGCUCCGCUACUCAGGUUACAAAACCUAAACUUGAACAUAAACAACCGAAGCAACUUGAGGCAACGAAACAUCAACAAACAGUUGUCAAGAUACCCAUAUGCACUUCAAGUGGUGAUAAAAUUUCAACCCCGGCUACCAAAUCAAAAGAUCAGCCUUCGCUAAAAAAACAAUUGCAAGACAAAUCACUGAAAUCAAAAGAUAAAUCAUUGUUGAAACCUUUGAUCAAAGAAAUUCAAAAACAAACAAGCAAUAUGGGAGAAGAUCCCGGGAAAGGAGAAAGUGGCAAAUCUGACUCGAAAGGGAAAAAAGCUUUACAUAGAAUGAUUAAAAUUACGAAUCCGGAUGACAUGGAUCACGAUGAACUAAUGAAGCGAUUGCGAGUAAGAUUUAAGAAAAAAACAGCAAAAUGGGAAGGAAAAUAAUAUUUUACUCAAGAUGUGCAUUUAUGAUGACCUUUGCACUCUUGCUUCUACAAGUUUUGCAAAUGUUGAUACAGCCACUGAGAGGAGAAUGGAUCUCAGACAGAGUUGUAACGAUUCUGCAAAACGUACUGAUUGCUUUAACUGCGCUUGUCGCAGGACUCCAGUUAAAGCUUAAAAUGAGCGAAAAGGCCGACAAAUAUCGAAAAGGGGUCAAGAUAUAUUACCAUUUAAUGCGGAUGACAUCAUAUUAUAUAAUGAUGACGGAAAGCGGAGGAAGACCGGAGUACAAAAACACAAUAUCAUUCUGGAAAGACGCUCUCAAGAAAGAAAUGGAAAGCAUACCGGUUUUGCAAGCUUUCAAACAAUAAUCAUACAAUAUUUCGAGCGAGUGUUCCACAUUAUUAUAAAUUUCUAAUCGAUUCAUCUACUUUUGAAACGAACACACGUAAAUAUUGUGCAAGCGUUUACUCAAAGUAUCAAACACUGGUGCAACUUCUUCUAGAUUUUAACACUGAACGCCUAAUACCUAAUCUUGCAUUUAAAAUUCGUUGGUAAUGGGGAAGCUGCCUUAUGGAUGGCACUUUUUCAUAUUUAGUACACUUAGCUACAUUCUUUGCAUAAUGUUUCUAGCGGCGAUAAAUGCUGAAUUUUAUUUCUUGUGCACAGAGGUGUAAGCAAAUUGUGCAAUAUGACUUUAUAUUUUCAGAGGGCACGUAGUGACUUCAAGUUGUAUCAGAAAUUUUCUCGAAUUAGAAUCCCGGUUUAAAUUCAAUUUCACGUGUUCAAACUCAAAAGUGGGAAAUCAAUUGCAUUAACAUUAGAUCAUAGCAAUACCCCUCGGAACGUACACAAACAUUCCUUUAAAAAUACCAUAAAAUUGAAAUAAUAUUGAGGCUCGAACACACUUCCUGCUAUUUCUUGAAAUCAACAGGAAAACCAUAAUCGUUGUCGCGUACUGAACUUUUUAAAAAUUUCUAUUACUUGUGUAGUGCCAAUAUUAACAUUUA